UUCACAAUAUUUGACAUCGGGGAGGGGAUUUUGGAGGGAAAACAAAGUGAUUUUGGAGGGUACAAUUUCGUGUUUCAUUUUGCGAACUGCAUUUUUUUCUUUCUCUGUCCCGAUUUCGCUCUGGUGCGUCUCGUUCCUGUGCUUUUGAAUCAUAUUCGUCGAUCUGUUCUUCAACAUAUUCUCUGCUUUCAACCGUUCGCGUCGUGACUCAGCUUCGAAAUUGUUCAGUAUAAGUAUAAUCUCUUCAGCGUAAUUCCUUGUCUUGUGAAAGUUGGAACUUGGAACUUGGAACAUGUAUGGGAGUAAAGCUAGCCAACUUGUGAAAGAAUUUGCAAGUGGAGAAAAAGGUCAGCUUACCACAUACAAUAAUGACUUGAUUCGAGAAGUAGUUGCAGAGUGUACUCAACAUCACCUUGAUUUUCAGUCCUUGAUAAGGAAGAUGCAGGAAGAAGGUUUGGAUAUCCAAACGGCAAAAAAUGCAGAUCACUACGGAGCCCUUAUCCACCAUCUUGCUGUAGUCCGAAAUAAACGUUGCCUAAUGGCCUAUAUGUAUAAUCGAGCAGAAAUUAUAAGAAACUUGUUAUGGAAGAUAGGGCACAUGCUUCCUCAAGAAAUUAAAGUAAAGCUUUGUAGUACGGAGGAAGAACAUUUCAAGAAUCAUUCUAAAGCACUGAAAAAUUAUAUGUUGAAAGUGGAGGUUGAUUUGACUGUGGAUAUGGUACCGCCAAAAGAUCCAUACAUCAAAGUGAGGGUCAUUGAUGACAUUGGAGAAGGCAUUCUGCUCAGUGAUGAUAAGAGUGCCAAUUUUGCCCUCCAUUCAAUGCACCUUCUGAAACGAACUGAUGCAGAGCAAUUUAUCGCACAGGGCAAAAUGGAAGAGCUCAAGGGUUGACCUGUAAGAUAUGUAGAUGAGAACACUACUUGUGAACUUGAUACCAAUUAUGUAGUGUAGUAUUUUUCAUAUUUGUUAAUGAUUACAUUUUUAACAAUAAUUUCAUUCAUGUUGCUUCAAGAACAAGAACUAAAGCUUCAUUUAUUUGUUUUCUAUA